AUGACUGAAGGGCACCGUUAAGUGUGGAACAGCCCACUCGGCAUGGACUGUUGCCCCGUCCCGUGUCAGUCCCACUCACGUCGCUGUGGUGCGAGGAGCUCAUCCCAGUUUGCCUCCGACGCUACUUGUAGAUUUUUCGCCGGAGUUUUCCAACUUUUGUCGUGUUUUACAGCGCAGGUUGACUAGCGUCGCCCCCUUGUGUUCGGUCUGGGGACUGAAGAAAUUUCAUUUGAGGAGGAAAAAUUCCCAAACCACAGGAAAUCCUAUUUCACUUUUUCAAAGGAAACGCUUGCAUGCUACAGUUUGACACAUUUUUCCCCAUCUUAAAAUUCUCAUCAAAAAUGAAAAAUAAUGGACACCCACAGGAAUUUAUGACCCCACAUCGGAGGAAUUAAAUUUUGGAACUUUAUCAAAAAGUCUUGCGGUAAAACAAAGGACCGUCAGCAUGGCAACAGAUUCUUUCCACGGCGCUCAUGCUGCAGCAGGUCCAUCCGAAAUGGGCAUGUCCCCUUCAACAGGAAACCUGCUUCGGAUGUUUCAGGAAUACCAGAGCAACGCUGUCAUCCUCGAGCAUUACAACUUCACGGGAAAGCUGAAGGAGAACAAAUACAAAGAAGGACUCAAGCCGGAGGCAAUUGCCUUUCUUCUGGUCUGCCUGCUUAUCAUUUUAGAGAAUGCGGUGGUGCUCGCAGCCAUCUGGAAGAACAAAAAAUUCCAUCUGCCGAUGUACUAUUUGUUGGGCAACUUGACUCUCUCGGACCUGCUGGCAGGUUUCACCUACAUGGUGAACUUGAUAACGUCUGGUGCCAACACAUUAAACAUGACCCCUGUGUUGUGGUUUCUAAGAGAAGGAGGGGUUUUCAUCAUGCUGGCCGCAUCCGUCAUCAGUCUCCUGGCCAUCGCUAUCGAGCGUCAUGUUACCAUGGUGAGGAUGAAGCCUUACCAGGGCGACAAGCAAGGCCGAAUGUUCGCCCUGAUCGGCGCCAGCUGGGUACUGUCAGUGCUGCUGGGCGUUCUACCUGUUCUAGGUUGGAACUGUAUGGGUCGGCUGAACCAGUGCUCCACCGUCCUUCCGCUCUACGCCAAGAGUUACAUCCUCUUCUGCGUCACCGUAUUUAUCGCCAUCCUAAUGUCAAUCGUGGUUCUCUACGUGCGCAUUUUUCGCAUUGUGAAGUCCAACACCCAGCGUCUUGGCUCAGGCCCGCAAAGAAAAGGCCUGUACCGGAAGUCGCAGAAGUACAUGGCCCUGCUAAAGACUGUCACUAUAGUUCUGGGAGUCUUCAUUGCAUGCUGGCUGCCCCUCUUCAUCCUCCUGUUGCUCGACUUCUUCUGCCCGACUAAAAGCUGUCAAGUGCUUUUCAAGGCUGACUACUUCCUGGGAAUCGCCAUGUUCAACUCCCUUCUAAAUCCCAUCAUCUACACUUUGACAAGCAAGGACAUGAGGAGGGCCAUCCUCAGGCUGCUUUGCAGUAGCUGCCUUUUAACUAAAGAUGGACAAGUGAAAAAGAUCGGGAUGCCCUUCCUGGAGUGCAGCACCAGUAAGACGGACGCUGCCUCACAUAGAUUGGAGGGAGUGGAAACCACUGUGUCUUCUGGAAAUUUUACACCUUCUACGAUAAAAGCUAUCUUUCCUAAACUCUCCAAGACAUGACAUUUGCUUUAGAUGAAAGCAACCGUGAGAAGAAACAUGACCACUGACUGAGGCGGGAUGAGUGUUUUCAAAUUGGACCAUGAAAGGAGUUAAAAGAAAGAUUACAUGCACUCAGCCUUUCUGUUAUUACUCAUCUACAGUAUGAAUGUGAUAGUGAGGUUCCACUCGAUUAAACACAUACAGUACUUAAGCGUACAUUCGGUUUUUGUUGCCAUUCUCUUACUGUAUGUAGCUGUGCCCUCCAUGCCUCUGUUUGUGAUGGUUAAAAAAAACGUUCAAAGCUCAACAUGAGUAUAGUUUGGAACAGUGCACUCCGCUACGGCUUGUUUAGGCCAAAUAGAAAUUGCUGUGAUCAGACAUUAGUGUGACAUCAUCGCAGCAAACAUGACAGCAGGACACCUCGCAUUUCUUACUCCUUGCAAAAUGAAUAGCUGACAAACGAACUUGUGUUCUUUAUUUGGUCAUAUGAAUCAUGGUAGAACUGCGUCUAGAUCUACUCGUUUGGCACCAUACGCUGACAAGGAGGCCACAUGUGGUCCAGUGCAGUAUACAGAUGAGUUAUUUCUGUCUCCAAACCUUUGACAGUGGAAAUGUAAUAACAUUGUAAGCAACUGUAAUGUUUUAGAAAUGCCCUUUCGUCUACACAAGACCAGUGUUAAUCAACCUUCUGGAAAAGUGCCAUUUCAUUUCCCCACUGUUUACUUUUGAACAAAAACUGAAAUGGAAGAGUUCAACUUUUUGCAGAUGUUUUACAUAAAUUACAGCCAAUUAUGCUGUCCAUCCGAAAGAGUGUAACCAAAGCCAGAGCAUGAGAUUUGGCCAUAUCUCCUCUCCCUGAGUAGCGGAUAAUGACACGUUGUUGCAAACACGGUGCAUCCACACCCAACCUCUGCAGCCAAAAAGCAUGUAAUUUCUGCCAUCUGAGUUUUGGUCGGGAGCAAUGCAAAAUAGAGACACCCACCAAACCCCCACCCAACCACAGCCAACAUUAGAGACUUGACAUCCAUGAAACGCACUGAAGACGUCAUACGGUUUAGUUGGGUUUCAGCUCUGGGGGGUCCGUCAAAACAUGCAUGGUUCAAAUAACUUCAGAUAGAGGUCCGUUUUUUGGGGGCUUGAGAUUUUUGGUGGUGGACAAUAUUGGAUGGUUUUUAAUUUUCGUCUAUCUCAAAAGGACAUCGCACUGUUAACACUCGUAUGAUGCAACUUAUUGUAGCAAAAGGAAAAAAAAGUGCAUUUCAUCGAUGAUUAAAAAUGUACUGUAUAUAACAUUUUGGUUUUGUUGAUGUGUUGUGUAAAUAAGCUGCCUGUAAUUAGUUUAUCAGAAGUGUUUUUAAUGUCAAAUUCUUAAGUUAUGUGGAUUUGUAUGUGUGCA